UUGUUUAUUAUUUUAUUUUCAUUUUUUUUCUUGCAAGUUUUUAAAUCCCCGCCCAAGUGACCAAGUUUGGGCCGAACCAGGGCAUGAUCCAGGACUCCUCUCCCUCUUCUUCGCCUGCAUCUGUUAUCCCCAGCGACGACUAGAGAAAGAAAGGACUCGAUGAUUCCCGUAAAACCGGAGAAACUGUUCAAUCUUCCCACCCAGAAGCUCACCCUAGGCUGUCCCGUCCUCGACCGCCUCGUCCGUGGCGGCCUCCCCGUCGGCUCCGUCACCGAGCUCGCCGGCGAGAGCGGCGCCGGCAAGACCCAGCUCUGCCUCCAGCUCCUUCUCGCCGCCCUCCGCCCCCCGGCCCUAGGCGGCCUCUCCGCCGCCUCCCUCUACAUCCACUCCGAGUUCCCCUUCCCACUCCGCCGCCUCCUCUGCCUCCUCCCCUCCUCCGCCCCCUCCUCCGCUGCCGCCCUCAACCCCCUCGACCACGUCUUCGUCCGCCCCGCCCACUCCCCCGACGACCUCUUCUCCCUCCUCGCCGCCGCCGACGCCCUCAUCGCCCGGCCCCCUUCCGCCCUCCCCGUCCGCCUCCUCGUCGUCGACUCCAUCGCCGCCCUCUUCCGCUCUGAGUUCGACAACACCCCGGCCGACCUCAAGCGCCGGUCCUCGCUCUUCUUCAAGAUCGCCGCCAAGCUCAAGGAACAGGCGAGGCGGUUCGGGGCGGUUGUGGUGGUCACCAACCAAGUGGUCGACGUGGUGGGGGUCUCGGAGUCGGAUGGGUCGAGUAGCAGUGCCAUCCGAGUGGGGAACUACGGGUCCUUGUGGUCGUCGGGGAGGCGGGUUUGCCCUGCGCUGGGGCUCUCGUGGGCGAAUUGCGUCAACACGAGGAUCUUCUUGUCGAGGAGCGACGAGAUUGUGAGGAGUGAAAGGGCUUUGGAGUUUGGGGAAUCGGACGAUCGGGACGACCGAACCGUGGUGAGGACGAGGAGGAAGAUGGAGGUGGUGUUCGCCCCUCAUUUGCCGGAGGCUUCGUGCGAGUUCGUGAUCGUGAGAGAAGGGGUCUUUGGAGUCGAGACUCAAAGGCCUCAAAAUUAACUAUUGUCUUGCUUCCCAUUUCUUGUUGGAGAUGGCUACUUCGAAUGCUUUGUUUGGAUAUCAUGGAGAGGAGAAAAGAAGAGUAAAAGGAGGUGAGAAGUGAAGAGAAAGAGAGACAUUUUUCACCUCUCUUGUUUGCAUGCACAACAAAAGAAAAGAAAACAUAAAACUAUUUGAUCCAUCUGGUCUUGAGGCAAAGGAGGAAGAAAAAUACUUAUUUUGAGUGUUAAAACUUUUUUUCUCUCAUCUCUUCGCGGAGAAAAAAAUUGGUAGUUAGGAAAGAAAUAGUUUCUCUUCA